AUGUCCGUGUUCAGCAUUUCUCCAGCAAUAUCCAAGGGCACCCAAGCAAGCACCUUAAGUCCAUCUAUGUGUCAUUGCUGGGGCCUUUAUCCCUUAAUGGUUUUGAGGCAUGCUGAUCCUCCUUGUGGAAAAAGCAGCAUGCAUGGCAAUUUUUUCUUCCUUUCACCUGUUGGGCAAAUCAAAGAUCAGAUGUAAGCAAUAAAUAAUUGGAGUCAUUUUGGGUGUGUUGACACACUAAGUGACAUAUCAUUGGCAAUUAAUUGGCAUAGCAUAGAGGGAAGAAAGGAUGCCUCAUGCCCUCUGGGCUAACUGAGAAACAGUAUAAAAGUUGCUGGAAGGCUUGGACUCAAGCAUCAGUUCCUUCCAUUGCUUCGACCCCUCUGCUCUGCCGUGUGUCUCUGGAGAACCCAGUAAGAUAAAUUUCAUUCUCUCUCUCUCUCUCUCUCUCUCUCUCUCUCUCUCUGUCUCUCUCUCUGUGUGUGUGUCCCCUUCUCAGUCUGGCUUUGUGCCAUUGAAAGGAGCUCCUGUAACUCUUAAAAUAUCUUUAGAGUUGAUGGUGAAGGUUCAUCUGAAGGAAAAUUCAGAGCCAAUCUAAUCUCUGGGGUCUGAAGGGCUCUUGCGCAAGACAAUUUCCUUCUCUUCAUUGCUCACGUGAAAGAUAACAGUGAAGGGAGGAAACCUCAAAACUAGUAUUGUAAAACAUGUUGCUUAAGGGAAGUGCUAUAGCAGAGCAUGCAGGAGGUCAAUUUCAAUCCACGGCACCUUCAGGUAGGGUUGGAAACCUUGGAGAGCUAUUUCCAGUCAGUGAUGGACCAAUGAUCUGAUUUGAUAUAGGGCAGCUAGAAAGUGUGCAGAAGAGGGCAACCAAGAUGAUCAAGGAUCUGGAAACCAAGCCUUAUGAGGAACGGUUGAAGGAACUGGGUAUGUUUAGCCUGGAAAAAAGGAGAUUGAGGGAGUUAUGAUAGUCAUCUUCAAAUAUCUCAAGGGCUGUCACAUGGAAGAGGGAACAAGCUUGUUUUCUCCUGCUCUGGAGGGUAGGACUCGAACCAAUGGAUUGAAGUUACAAGAAAGGAGAGUUUGACUAAACAGAAAGCUCAGGAAGAGUUUUAUGACAGUAGGAACUGUUUGACAGUGGAGGUUUUUAAGCAGAGGUUGGGUGGCCAUCUGUCAUGGAUUACAAGAAAGGAGAGUUUGACUAAACAGAAAGCUCAGGAAGAGUUUUAUGACAGUAGGAGCUGUUUGACAGUGGAGGUUUUUAAGCAGAGGUUGGGUGGCCAUCUGUCAUGGAUGCUCUAGCUGAGAUGGCAGGUGGUUGGACCAGAUGACCCUCAGGGUCCCUUCCAACUCUACAAUUCUGUGAUUCCAUGAUUUACAUGCAGAAGGUUCCAGCACAACCCAUAUCAGAUAGGGUUUGAAUUGGUCCCUGUCUGGAACCCUGGAGAGCUACAGCCAGUCACUGUAGACAAUUCUGAGCUAUGUGAACCAAUGCUAUAUCUCUGCAUGAGGCAGCUUGCUACGUUCCUAUUUAAAUCAGUCCUUUUUUGAGAACCAUGAGGAUUGGGCUUUUUUCAGCUGGAACUCACCAGAACUCAAUUUUGGCAUUUCUCAGGAGGGCGCCAUUGUGCCAUUAUAAGAGAACAAGGGAGGCGUUCAUGGUGAGUUCCGGCGCCUCUCUUUCUAGAAAAAUAACACUGACUGUAAUUCAGUGGAAGAGUUUUAGCCUUUCAAAUGGAUUGUUUUCUUCCCAUAUACAUAAAAUGCAAAAUGUUGCCACACUGCAGUUUGCUUGGGCUCCAGCAGGCGGCCACACCAACCACAGUGUAGCAAAUGGCAGGAAGGCAAGCAGAUAGGUGGGCAAGGAAGUAGUAUGGGCAGGUCCAGACACGCUGUUUAAUGGAGGGGGGAGGCACAUUACAUAGUGGUUUAGCUAGCCACUAUAAAAAAACACACCUUCCCCUUCAUUAAAAGGUGUGAGAGUUGGGUGAGCUGUGAGGGAGGGUGGGGACUGAGGGGAUGGGUGAGGUCUAAAGGGAAAGUGGUUUGGUCAGGUGUGGGGACACACACAUGAAGAACAAGGAUAUAGUUUGAGUUCCUCGCUUGUAGUGUUAUAAAUCAUUUAAUGUGUCAACAUGAAUAGAAGUUAUUAAUAUUGCAGUUGUUGAAUAAGGGAUUAUUAUUAUGACCGGAAUGUAAUUGAAAUUAAUAAGAUUUUGGAAUGCAGAAAUAAAGAAAACCAUCAAACCAUCAUUUCUAGCAUGAAAAAUGAUAUAAUUCGGUAUUUGAACGAUUGGUAUUAGUAAUUGUAUUAUACAUUGCUUUUUGUCACAAUGAGGCUAUUAUUGGAUUGAAACUGGAAACUAAUAAAAAUUAUUAUCAAAGGUGUGGGGAAACAGCAGUUGGCAAAGGCGUAGGUGGGGGUGAUGAGAAGAUUGUGCAAGGAAGACAGCCCCUAGUAUUGGAUGUUAUGAUUAAGGUUGUUUUAAUGUUAUUGUAUAUUUUACUUAUGGAUUUAUUUUAGAGCAGGCUUCGUCAACCUCGGCUCUCCAGAUGUUUUUGGCCUACAACUCCCACGAUCCCUAGCUAGCAGGACCAGUGGUCAGGGAUGAUGGGAAUUGUAGUCUCAAAACAUCUGGAGGGCCGAGGUUGAGGAAGCCUAUUUUAGAGUUUUAAACCACUUGAAAGCCAUUUGGUAUAUAGGUGACAGAUAAUUAAUAAUAAUAAUAAUAAUAAUAAUAAUAAUAAUAAUAAUAAUAAUACCUUCUAGAAACCUGAACCUCAAGAUGUCUUCCUUUGGCUACAAUAACUGCGCCUUUCAAUGCCCACCAUCAACCGUGACGAUCCAGCCUCCGCCCUUCGUGGUGACCAUCCCAGGACCAGAGAUGUACUGCCCCAACCAAGUUUUUGGCAUCGAGCAAUACAACCCGUGUGCCGGCUACGGCAUGCUAGGCGGGAGCAGAUACCCUGCCCUUCUUCCUUCAGAGGCCUCCGAGUCUGGCUCUGUCUACAACCUGCCAGGUCUCUCCAGCCGUCCUUUCAGCUCCUAUGGUUACAGAAGGUAUUAGAAUGCCC